AUGGAGGCAGCUCACAAUUUGGCCUGCCAUCCAGAAGUGUUGGCAAACAGGACCGUAUCCAGAGAGCUGGUUGCUCUCAGUGCAAGAUGCCUGGUGACAUCGUUAAGUGGCCGGCUGGCAGCGAGGGUGGGACGAAGAUGCGUGGAUGCGUGGGAUGGAAUGUUUGCCGCUGCCAUGAAGGUUUCGAGCGUUGCGCUGCCGGAGCGGCGAAGUCUUUGCCGCCGGAGGCUCUGCCUCCGUGAGUGCGGAUGGCCCCAGAACGCAGAGCGAGCAGAUUGGUUCGUGGCAUGUGUUCCGCUGAGCUGCCUGGGCCACGAUGCUGAUCUACGCAACCUCCUUUGGUCAGUGUAUGGGUUGCGCUUCGCGGAGAGAGCAGACCGCAGCCAGGCCUCGGCUCAACCACAGGCAGACGUCGACCUCCGCAUCGUUCGGCUCUUUGGCUUCCGGGCGCCUGCGCCGUAUCCCCUGGAGCGUCUUGAUCCGGAUCUGCUGGAGGACGCGGGACGGCAGGGCCCCUACGACUUGGUGACGGUGACCGAUUCUCCGAAACGGGCGUACGCUUUGACCUCGUCCGUUCAGUGGCCCGUGCGCCUGCGUGUGCUACAGCCACCGGCAGCUCAGCGCCCGUGGAAGUUUAAGUACUUCGAUGCCGAGCGCUACAUGCUGUCCUACGUGACCCAUCUCCGCAAGCGCGGCCACGGCGGGCGUUUGGUUGUGUUUGUUGAUGCCUUUGAUGUCGCGGCCUUUCCGUGCCAUCGCAACCUGAGCAAGGUGUUGCACCAGCUGGGGCGGCCAGUUGCGGUCGGCAUGGAGUUUGACCUCUUUCCUGCCGGUGACCCCGGCUAUCCGCUGCCGGCUGAAGGCAGCUACGCCACAGCAAGGGAGAACCUGGCAAAGGUGCGGGGGGCUCCGGUCCCCCUGUGCCGCUACCCGCGGCCAAUUCCGUUCAUGUGGGACAGGAGGCCACCUGAGGAACAUGAGCCAUGUGUGGCAGUCUCAGAGUCGGUACGGGCGGAGGCGGCGGUUUCCGUGGGCGAGUUCUUGAACUGUGGAGUUUAUGCCGGCUCCGCUGGGGCGCUCGAGAGAGUCUUGAGGCACUUGCUCCACGUGCACGCCCGCCUGGGCCCUCAAUUCCGUGCCGUGCCGAAGACCCAGCAGUACCUCUGGAACCAGUUCUUCCUGGACCACCCGCAGAAGGUGGCCUUGGACUAUGGAGCCGCCCUGGUGGUGAACAUGAUCAGCGGAAGCCCCUUCCCGAAGAACUUCGGGGUCGAUCCGGUGAGCGGGCGGCUGAAGUCGGUGAUCUUCCAGAAGCCCGUUUGCUUCCUUCACGCGAACGGGCACACGGCCGACCCAACCUUUCACCUCUUGCGGGCCGCGGAGCACCUCCAGGUGGACACCACCCGCUGGGCUGGCUACGAGUUCCCAGGCAGUCUGAACACGGUUGCCGCGGCAGGCUUACGAGCCGAUAAGCUCAUGGGAGAUCGAAUCGUGGUGGACGCGAACCUGUGCUUUCCGCCUUUCGAGCGCGUGCCGGGUUGGCGUGGGAGCCUGACCGCCAUGUUCUUUGUGACGCCCUAUGAGCGGGCAGCCUUUCAGGACCUGCAGUUCUUCAUUGCUCGCCCCCAGCGCCUUCGCGAGAUUCCUUCCGGCGAGUUUGAGAUGUCCUUCGAAAUCGUUCACAAGCAGAUGAAUGCUUUGCAGACAGCCAAGAAUGUUGGCCGCGCCAAGCUCCCGAAUGGAACACACGUCUUCGCUGCCCGGAAGAUGUUCAGGGCCGACGCUUUCAACAUGCAUCUGGAAAGUGGCGAUUGCUUGGGCUGGCGCUGCAAGCGCCGCUGCGACUUCACGUACGCUGCCCUUGAAGACGCGGAUGAGCUUUGGCAGAGGAAGGGGCCAAAUCUUGAGAGGCCCACGAUGGGUGUUUGGUUCGGACAUGGCCACGAACUGCUGGUGGGAGCCCAGAUCGCAUUGGCCACGUGGCUGCCGAUAAGCUAUGCCAUAGGUGUCCAAGCUCAGAUGCAUGGCUACGCUCCGAUUCCGUGA